GGGAGAUCUUCGAGGCGCGCGGGGCGAGCCUGGGCGAGCUGCACCAGCAGACGCUGGCGGCGGAGCACGAGCUCGGGAUGGCCCUGCAGCAGCUGCCGGACAGGAGGGAAGACUCGAUCAGGCACUUGUACCACGCCUGGCAGGGGCGGAAGGAGACGCUGGGGCAGGCUCACGAGGUCACGCUGUGCUCGCUCAGCCAGCUCACACAGAUGCUGCGGUCUCUGGGGCCGAGCAGGUUCGAGGACUCCGAGACCGAGAGAUUCUUCUACCACCUCUGGAGCACUCGCAAGGAUCGGCCAAGGGCGCGCGGCACCCCAGCACCCUGGUCGCGCUGACCCAGCUGGCGACAGUCUGCUGGCACCUCGGCAAGUACGGGCACGCCGAGCAGCACCUCCGGACCGUCCUGCAGCUCCGCAGGGCCAUCGGCGAGUCUCACGAGGCCAACGAGCCAGGGCGAGCCGCCGAGGUGGCGACAGCCCUGAACUUGGCGAGGGUGCUCCAGAAAAGGGGGCAGCUCAUCUCGAAGCUAGAGGACGACACCGAAGAGGACGCAGAGGAUCUCUUCCAGGACCCAGAGGCGGAGAAGCUCUUCGAGGAGGUGCUGGCGUACCGCGAGGCGAAGCUCGGCAGCGGUCACCAAUACGUGCUCGCGGCCAGGGACGAGUUCGAGCGGCUCAGGACCAGUCCUCUGGGAGAGUGCGCGGCCGAUCUAGGCCUAGGUGGGGCCUCCAUCCCCGCGCCCCUGCCCGCGGCGCGCCGCGCCACGCGAGGCGCGCCCUGCCGACCCGCGGGAAUUGCGGCCGCGCGGGCCUACGAGAGGGGGGAGCGGACGGGGGCAGGCGGCGCCUACGAGGAGGAGCUGCAGGACAUGGAGAGCGACGCGGCGCGGGCGGAGCAGCUGAAAGCGGACGAGACCACGAGCGCGAUGAACAAGAUUAUCACCACUGCCUUCCACAUGGUCCACUUGAUCAACUUCUUCACCUCGGGGCCAGACGAGACCAGGGCGUGGACCAUCCGCAAGGGCUUCAAGGCGCCCCAGGCCGCGGGCUGCAUCCACACCGACUUUGAGAAGAAGUUUAUCAUGGCGGAGGUGCAGGCUUUCUCGGACCUGAAGGAGCUCGGCUCCGAGGCCGCGGUCAAGGCCGCGGGCAAGUACCGGCAGGAGGGCAAGAACUACGAGGUGCAGGACGGCGACGUGAUCUUCUACAAGAUCGGCAAGUGAGAAUCCCUCCUCUUUCCUCCUCCUCCUCCUCCUCGUUCCUCCUCCUCCUCCUCCUCCUCCUCCUCCUCCUCCU